ACGGUGGGUACGGCUGCUGUUUGGACGAGAGUUCCCCCUGCAGGAUCUUCUGGUGGUCUGGGAUGCCUUGUUUGCAGAUGGCCUCAGCCUGAGUUUGGUUGAUUAUAUCUUCAUAGCCAUGUUACUCUACAUCCGAGAUGCUUUGAUCUCUAGUAACUACCAGACCUGUCUUGGCCUUCUGAUGCAUUACCCACUCAUCGGGGAUGUUCACUCGCUGAUUCUUAAGGCUCUGUUCCUUCGCGAUCCCAAGAGAAAUCCAAGACCAGUGACUUAUCAGUUCCAUCCAAAUUUAGAUUAUUACAAAGCCCGAGGAGCAGACCUCAUGAAUAAAAGCCGGACUAGUGCCAAAGGUGCUCCCCUGAAUAUAAAUAAAGUCUCUACUAGCCUGAUGAAUUUUGGAAGAAAGUUGAUUUCUCCGGCAACGGCCCCGGGCGGUGCGGAUGGCCCAGUACCGGGAGGCAGUGGCGGUGCCUCCUCCCCGGCUGUGGUUCCCACCAGGACCCUGGCAGAGGCCCCCACGCAUCCUCUGCAGCAGCAGCAGAGGCUGAUGAAAUCGGAAAGCAUGCCAGUGCAGCUGAACAAAGGACAAAGCUCUAAAAACAUCCGUUCAUCUCCAAGCAUUGAGAGUUUGCCUGGAGGAAGAGAGUUCACUGGCUCCCCACCUUCAUCUGCUACUAAAAAGGAUUCCUUUUUCAGCAACAUCUCCCGUUCACGCUCACACAGCAAAACUAUGGGCAGAAAAGAAUCUGAAGAAGAAUUAGAAGCCCAGAUUUCCCUCCUUCAAGGACAGUUGAAUGACCUGGAUGCCAUGUGCAAAUACUGUGCGAAGGUGAUGGACACUCAUCUUGUAAAUAUUCAAGAAGUGAUACUACAAGAAAAUUUGGAAAAAGAAGAUCAAAUUCUGGUUUCCCUGGCAGGACUAAAGCAGAUCAAAGACAUUCUAAAAGGUUCCCUGCGUUUCAACCAGAGCCAGCUGGAAGCCGAGGAGAACGAGCAGAUCACCAUCUCAGAUGACCACUACUGCUCCAGCGGCCAGGGUCACCUGCCCAGGGCCACCAAGCAGGCCCCUUCAGCAGCGCCGCCGGGGCGCAGGGAGAAAGGCGACAUGGACGACUUCAUCCUCGUCUCCAAAGACGACGACGCGGGCAGCGCCAGGGCGGCCCCGGUCGCCCAGGCUCAGGCCCCGCGGCCCCUCCGGAGCUCGGCGCGGCGCGCCCCGGUGUUCUCAGACCCGCUAACCGGCCCGGCCUCGGCCUCGGCCUCGGCCUCGGCCUCGUCCGGCAGCCCCAGCUCCAGCCCCAGCCCCGACGACGACAGCAGCGGCAACAGCAAGGACUCGGGCUUCACCAUCGUGAGCCCCCUGGACCUCUGACCGCUGCCCGGCCACCCCCGCAGCCCCGUGGAGACGCCUCUGAAACCCAGCCUCUUCCCAGCGCGCACGUGGCCUUGGUGCAGCCCUUUAAACCCGCGGAGAGAAGCAGGGGGCCCGCUGAGCACGCAGACCUUCCCCAAAAUGCAGACAGCUUUUCCCUGUAGCUCACCCGGCCCCGCCAGUGAGGUCCCCAGCAUCACACUCACUGUCCAAAAAGACCAAACCACAGCUAGAAUCACCUGCUCUGUCCUCUCCUCGCCAGCAAAGAAGGUGUGGCCACUCCAUCCGGUGUAUCUAGAAGGAAGAAGUGGGUUUCAAAUCUUCCCUCCCCCAGAGCAUCAGGCAUAGGAAAACUGAUAUCAAGAAAACACUCUCUCUGGAAAUCUGUAUCUCAACCUAUUUAUUUCAUACUUCAUUCCUCCCUUGGGAAGCCAUACAGUAGAGGCCAGGUGCAACCAAAUGGACUAGAACUAGUGGCGCCCAGGGCUGGAAGAAACCUCCCAGAUAGUUACAGGGUCUAAACUUAGGAAUCAUAUUUACCUGCCACCCGGUUCCAGUUUUUUUCAUUUGUUAAAGAAUACAUCUCUAAACCUCAGACCACAUCAACUCUGGCCAUCACUGCCCCUCCUUAAACAAUUGUAAUUCAUCCUUUAGAAUCUUUCACAGUCAGAAAAGAGGGUCACUUAGCCACGAAUAAGCCAUGACUGUGUGCUCUGCUGAUUUGGGUCAUCGUCUUGAAGGAGACAGUGCUCCCUGGAGUGGGAUCUAGACAAGCAGGAGAAACACUGCGACUUGGGGAACAACUCCCCAGCAAGUGCGCCUGCUUUUUUCCUUUGCUUGGCUUAUCCCUUUGAAGAGAGGGGUCAAAAGAAGGCUGACUUUCUUAGCAUGGCAACAUGGAGCAAACCCUGGGCUGGGUCACUCCCCCGACAGACUUUGUGACCUCGGGCACCGCAGUUUAUUACUUUUGUCUGCAACGUCUGCAUCUGGAAAAGGACACGUCAGAUGGAAUGAUCUCAUAGACCCCUUCGGUUUUGAAGUCUGCUGAUUCUAAAAGCCUAUAUGAACCCUAGCCAAUGACAGGUGCCUUGGUCUCAGAGUCAUUUAAGUCACAUAUUAGAUAAUAUCUGCCAUUACUAUAAAUGUAGCAAUUUUUUUCAAUUUUAUAAUAUUUUAAGUCAUUUUUUAUGAUUUCUGGAUUGUCACUGAACAUUGCGAUUUACUUGCCAGCUAAGUUCAAGGAUUGCUAGCCAUAAUCUAAAUUACACAUUAUUUUAUUUCUCAGUCUACAAAUCUACUUUUCUUUACUAUUUUCUACAUAUUUUUGUUUUUGUUUUUUUUUCCGAUUAGAGUUAAUUUCAGAGCUAAGAGCCUAAGCUGCUGGCUGGUUGCUGGCUGGUGUGAGCAGGAAACCACACUAUUAUUCAAGUAACAGAGACGUUUAAUUUUCUGACUGGAAUGACAUUGAGUGAAGACCAGUGGAGAUGUAUACCUUAAUUUAAGCACACGAUCAGCAGGCAAAUGACAAGAACUGGAAAAAGGAAUUGUUUUGUAAAAGGAUAUUUCAGGGUCUGGGCAUAAAUAAAUUCAAUAUAUCAGCCUGACCACUUCCCUGUGAGGAAAUAAUGAGGCGCCAAGUUGGGGAUUCCACAUAGUUAUCUGGCUUACCUGAGUCACUGAAAAGAAUAUGGACAAAUGAAAAAGCGGUUAUCGAAGGUUUAGAAAGCUUUUACCCUUCCAAAAUGUGAGAGCAGUUUGGUUUGGGAGGAGCAGUAAUUAGGCUUCAGUGUCUAGCAGGUUUUCUAAAAUAGCAUGAAGUUUCACUGAUUGGGACAAUAAAGUCUUGGAUUAAAGACUCAGCUGGCCACUGGAGCAUGGCACCCGCUCCAGCCCCUUCACCUGCCACUGGCUUACUGUCUGCACCAUGUCCAGGCUCACUCCCCUACGGCAGGAAUCAACAGGCUGAGAAGGGGGAAGCGGUGUCGGUUGUUUUACAGACAGCUGCCAC